AACACAUUUAAAAUUUAAAGUAGCCUCUAUAAAAUGGAUAUUCUAUAACAAGUCUGAUAUUCUAGCGGUAAGUGCCUUUGUCCUGGAAAGGAGACUAGAUCCUGGAUUGUAGGAAUCACAGCCGGAACGUGACUUUUGCCAAAAAUAAAUUGAGCCACGGCAGCGAUAAAGGCUGCUGCCAUGCCAACCGGCGAGUGUCGCUAGGACACUCGUAGAGAUAAAGGACUCCCGAUGGCCCGUCCAGGGCCAGGUGCACUGGCGCCCGUAAUGAGCGCUGAUGUCAUCUACCCGCGGUUGCAUUUGCUUCUCCUGCUUCUCGUUAUCCUGCAACUACUGGCGGCCACGACUCUAGCUGCUCCGGCUCCUGGCAAAACGAAUAACCCACGAUGUCCGCACAAGGGCAUGGCGGAACUGAUUCGCACCAGUCCGGUAAUUGUCAAGGCCCUAGCGGCACGGGUCUUCACGGAGGACCAGCCGGAGCAGGAUACGAUUUUAAUAACAUUAACGCCGGAAACGAUUUACAAGGGAGCCUCCCUGUUGAAACUGGCCAACGGCGGAGCCGGCCUCGAGGAUGCGAUGUCCUUCCAGUCCGCCGGCCUAUCAUCCGGGAGCACCGCGGGUCGACGCAGCAGCAGCGGCGGUGGAGGUGGUGGCAAUGGCAGGUCCUCCAACGGAGCCUCCUGGAGCAAUGCUGAAUCGGCGUUUCAAUACGAGGGGCAACUGAACGCCACACUGCAGCCGCUGCGAUGCUUCGACAAUAAUAUGCUGAAAAUGCUGCCCUCGGAAUUAAUUGCCUUUGGCAAACUGUUGCCCGCGCUAUCGUCCUCCAACAGCAUCCUGCAGACUGCCAGGCAACUGCAGCGACCGCCCGUGGGUGGCGCCGCCGACUUGCUGCACAUCAGCAUUAAUGGCCUGCACCGCUGGACGCCGCAGUUUGAAAGUCAUAUAUGGAAGCAUUUGGGCUGGGAUGAUUGGAGCGACUUCACACUGUGCAGUGUCACCUGCGGCCAGGGCGUCCAGCAACGCUUCCGCCGCUGCCUCCUGGACAAUCCUCUGGUGGACAUCAACAUGAACAUCAACCUGGAGGACGACGAUGACGAGGAGGAAGAGCCGGUUGAGGAGGGCGGCGGCGAGGCGGUAGACGAUGACACCGCAAACGAGCUUGGUAAGGAGUCCAAGGACAGUGACGGAGAUAAUGAGCUACUGGACGAAGACGAGUUCGAAAACGGCCUGCUCAUAAUGCGAGCUGCCAGCGAUGAGGCACUGCAUAAAUUCGACCAAAUUGCGACGACUGUGCCGCCCGGAGGACAUUCCGAACCCGGGCCACCUGGUCAUUCCCAGGAUGAAACAAGCGACGGUAAUGAACCUGCAGCAUCUACUGCACCAGCAACUGGCGAGGAAAGUGUCAGAUUCGUGCCGAGUGCACACAAAACUCGAAAUGGUGGAGCCACCGGAUCCCAGAAUGGUGUGGGACUGGGGAGCAGGAAGGCACGUGCCAGCAAUCAGCACAAGAAACGCAAGCCUACAAAGAGCGUGGGCCUCUCCACACUCCUCUGCGAGGGAUACAACAUCGAGCAGCGCAACUGCAACAGUUUCGAGUGCAGCGAUGACAUUAGCGAUUUGCUAAAGUUCUACAAAAGACUACCAUCCGGGGAGGAGCUGCCCACCCAGGCCUCGGACCCCGGCCUGGCCCCCUCCUACUCCGAUCCGUAUCCGGAUCUAACCACGGCAGGCAUGCUGGGCACAGGCUACGCGCCCACUCCCUCCACACCCUUCAACAUGGGCUACAUUCGGAGCUGGAGGAACCUGCUCAACUUCACCCUGAUGGUCACUCUGAGGGCCAAAAAUGAUACCAAGAAUACGGCGACUAUCUUCUCGAUGAGGAACGCCACCCACAACCUUUACUUGGAGGCCUGCAAGGACGGACUGCGUUUGUAUCUCGAACGUGACAAUACGACGGAAAUGUUGCCGGUGAAAUUCAAUUUAUACGAUUAUCGCUGGCAUCAAGUGGCCAUCAGCAUACAGAAUGGCGAUUUCAUAUCGAUUUACGUCGAUUGCGCGUGGACAAACAGCUUUGUCGUCUCCAAGCGACUGUACUCGUUGCCGGUGGACGCGGAUGUGGAAAUUGGACGCGGCUUUAAUGGAGAGCUGCAGCAACUUCUCGUCCUGCCGGAGCACCAGGAGCGGCUCCAGUGCAGCGCCAAGCGCACAUCGAUCAACGAGGUGAAACGCUACAUCAUCGACACAUUCAUUGAGGACUACGGCGGCAACUGAGGCGUGUGAACAAAUGAAAUAUAUAUCAGGGGGGGCAGGAUACGGGGAGGUGGCCAAAAGCCAAGCCACAAUCGAUGCCAAUCGACCGAAAGCCACUGAAUAUGCAUGCAUCUGUAUAUUAUAUUGCGGCAAAUCCACACACAAAUCCGAUUACGAAUUCACCAAAUCAAAACUGCAUAGAUUUAUGAUUAUUCAUUACAUUUGCAUAUAGUACAUACAUAUAUUUAUAUGCACAUGGGGGAAAAACCAAAACAAAAACCAAAAGAGAGUAUUUCCAAACUACGUAUACAAUAUAGGAAAAUUACGCAUACGCCAUGUGAUUUAUGCGCCGAGCCCCGCCCAGCUAAAGGGACAAGUGUCAUAUCCGAUUGUGGACACAUUAUCGGUGCAAUAUUUCAUGGAUACGGACAUCAGAACGGGAAUGUGUUCGGUAUUUGUAAUAAUUAAGCUAAUUUGACGGAACACAAUAAUUGUAAACGCAAAAAUGUAUGCAAUUUGCAAUGAAGAGCAAAAAGGCAACACAAAGAUCAAAUAUAUAACGUAACAAUGUAUAU